GAUGGCUUCAGAAAAAUCAGAAACGGCCUCCUCCAUCCUGGAGCUCAUCUGCAUGAAGCCAGGAGCGUGGGAGUCUGGUCCCAGUCAGCAUCUCGUCACCCUGUCUGUCACAUGCGUGUCUUAGAUCCAGAGUGUGGGCAACAUGCCUUGGGGCCACAGGAAAGCACGGAUGCUCUGCAUAGUGAUGAUGCUGAACUUUAUUUGUCUUUUCAUGGGCCUGUUGUGGAAAUUUGGGAACAACAGUCAGAAGAAGAUUCGAAUCCCAUCCCAGAGGUUUUGGCACCAAAAGAUUCUAAGUAAAUCCUUCUGGAACAAGGAGCAGGAGUGCCUGGACAUGAUUCACAACCCAGUUUUCAGCUCCCUUUUCUCCAGCGACUCCCUCUUCACACUACCGGAUUGGCUGAACAACACUGGACCUCUUGACCCCUGUGAACCAGAUUACAGAGUCCAAACACAAAUCUUGGACUAUAACACCCUGCCGCAGCGGUUUCAAGACUUUCUCCUACAUAUGCGCUGCAGGUCAUACCCUAUGCUGAUCAAUCAGCCCCACAAAUGUGAUGUACCCCCCUUUCUACUGCUGGUGGUCAAGUCGCUGACCCCGCAUUUUGACCGCCGGCAGGCCAUUCGUGAAACAUGGGGCCGAGCAGGCCUCCUGUCCAAUCGAACAGUGGUGACCGUGUUCCUGCUCGGCAGCACUUCGUCAGUAGAUAGUUUCCCAGAUCUGCAGGAGUUGCUGGACCACGAAGCGAAGCUUCACAAAGACUUACUACAGUGGGACUACAGGGACACUUUCUUUAACCUCACCCUCAAAGAGGUCCUUUUUCUGCAAUGGUUCAACAAACACUGUCCUCGAGCUCAGUAUGUUCUAAAGGGGGAUGAUGACGUCUUUGUCAACACAUUACGAAUUAUCGACUUAUUGAAAGGUUUGUCUGAGGCUGAGGCUAAAGACCUGUUUAUAGGUGAUGUUAUAAGUAAUGCAGGUCCACACAGAGAUCAAAAACUGAAGUAUUUUAUCCCUGAGAGUGUGUUUGAGGGUCAGUACCCACCCUAUGCCGGUGGUGGGGGAUAUCUGUUGUCUGGGGAGUUAGCAUUGCGUCUUUACAACAUUUCCCAGCAGGUAGUCUUGUAUCCCAUUGAUGAUGUCUACACAGGGAUGUGCCUGAUGAAGCUCGGCCUGGUUCCUGAGAGGCACGUUGACUUCAGAACCUUUGACAUUGAGGAGAAGCACAGGAACAACCCCUGUAUCCACCGAAGCUUGAUGCUGGUUCACAGCCGAACGCCGCAGGAGAUGCUAAAGAUCUGGCCGUGGAUUGUCCACCCUGAGCUGGACUGCCAGUGAACUGCUUCAGUUUGUUUGUGCAGGUGAAUCAGCCGUUGAUGUUGUGAAACAUUUAAAUCAGAGUUGUAUCACCUUUUUUUUAGCAUUUUAAAUUAAUCAAAAAUUAUUUAUCGUUUUAAAUAUGAGUGCACUUUGGUUAAUAAAUUCAAGCUGUGUCUGCUGAAAGUUGUUUGGUUUUUAUAUACUGUAUUUAAAUUAUUUUUAAAGUACACAGUGUAACUCAAACAGCUUUCAGUUUGCUAAAAAAGCAGAACAAGCAAGGGUAAAUAUGAUAUUAGCCUUCAACCAUUUGGAAAAUCCUUUUUUCCCCCUCAACAAAAUAAAAAUA